AUGAAUGUAUCAAAAAAAGACGAAGAUUCUGGCAAUUUGGGAAUAUUUUAUCACUUGGAUAAAACCACAGUGCUUCAAGAGGCUCGAGUAUUCAACGAAACGCCCAUUAUUCCACGAAAAUGCCGCCUCCUAUUAACAAAAAUCAUAUAUUUAUUGUAUCUUGGUGAGCCAUUGGGAACAAAGGAAGCAACUGAGCUUUUCUUUAGUGUAACCAAAUUAUUUCAAUCUAAAGACAUUGCUCUUCGACAAAUGGUUUAUCUGGUAAUCAAAGAACUAUCAACUAUUGCCGAAGAUGUAAUUAUGGUGACUAGUAGCUUGAUGAAAGAUAUGCAACCAAAAUCCGAAGUUAUAUAUCGCGCUAAUGCCAUCCGAGCUCUGUGUAAGAUAAUCGACGCUUCCAUGCUUCCCAGUGUUGAACGAUUUCUCAAAGCAGCAAUUAUCGACAAGACUCCAUCGAUAUCAUCGGCUGCGCUGGUCUCAAGCUAUCAUCUCUUUCCUGCGGGUAAAGAUGUGAUUCGGAGAUGGGCUAACGAAGUUCACGAAGCAAUUAAUUCAAAACCAGCUUCGUUAGUGGGCAGCGCUUCUUCAUAUCUAACGUCUUUUUCAACUGGUGCUUCUUCAUAUGCUACGCAACCAUCAACAAGUAAUAUAAAUCAGUAUCAUGCUUUGGGACUACUUUAUCUGAUUCGUCAGCAUGACCGAAUGGCUGUAACAAAGGUGAUUCAACAGCUUGCUGGAGGCGGUAGAAGCGGUUUUGGAUCCUCGAGUAGCGUGCUCCGUAAUCCGUUUGCAUAUUGUUUGUUGAUUCGAUAUGCUGCAAAAAUUCUUGAUGAAGAUCCAAACUCAAGGCAACAGAUGUAUGAAUUACUAGAGGCGUGGCUGAGACACAAGAGUGAUAUUGUUAAUUUUGAAGCUGCAAAAGCUAUUUUGCUGCAGCUCUUCCUUUCUUCGCCAAAACCAACACAACGUUUUGCAGCAAUUCGUGCGCUCAACAAACUAGCCAUGACUCAUCCAACGGCAGUUCAACCAUGUAAUUUAGAUAUGGAGAAUCUGAUCACCGAUCAGAACAGAAGUGUUGCUACUUUCGCGAUAACUACCUUGCUCAAGACAGGAAACGAGGCGAGUGUUGAUCGAUUAAUGAAGCAAAUAACAGGAUUCAUGAGUGAAAUAUCAGAUGAAUUCAAAGUGAUUGUAGUAGACGCGAUUCGCUCCUUAUGUCUUAAAUUCCCCUCAAAGCAAGCAGUUAUGCUAAACUUUUUAAGUGGGGUGUUACGUGAUGAGGGUGGUUACGAAUUUAAGCGGGCGGUAGUUGAGGCGAUAUUUGACUUGGUAAAAUUUAUUCCGGAAUGCAAGGAGGCUGCACUUGCUCACUUAUGUGAAUUCAUUGAAGACUGUGAAUUUACAAAAUUGUCUGUACGCGUUCUUCAUUUGCUUGGUGUUGAGGGACCGAAGACAACAACACCCACCAAAUAUAUACGAUACAUUUAUAAUCGCGUUAUUUUGGAGAACUCGAUUGUUAGGGCGGCUGCGGUUAGCGCACUUGCAAAAUUUGGCGUGAGUGUCGGAGAUGUAGAGGUGAAAAAGAGUAUUAAAGUUUUAUUGACAAGAUGCUUGGACGAUAAUGACGAUGAAGUACGUGAUAGAGCCACCUUAUACCUAAAGCUCUUGGAAGACGAAACAAGUGCUGAAAAAUAUGUCAAAGAUGAUUCAACAUAUUCUCUUUCAGCUUUAGAAAAACAACUUGUUCAAUAUGUAAGCACAUCCGAAGCAACUGAAAAACCCUUCGACUUGUCUGCAAUACCAAAAAUCACCAAAGCACAAGCUGAAGCUGAAAACACACGCGCACGAAACAUUGAUCAUAAUACGACAUCUCAGACUCUUGGAGGUGUCAGCGCAACAAAUGUUAUCAAUACUUCGAUUACCACCGCUAGCAGAGAUGUAACUACUCCUACACCAGCCGGUCUAGAUCAACAGCACGUUUAUGCUCGGAAACUGGCCGCAAUUCCAGAAUUUGCUUCAUAUGGUGAAUUAUUUACUAGUAGCAACAAACCCAUUGAUCUGACAGAAAGCGAGACUGAAUAUGUUGUUAGUUGCGUUAAACAUAUAUUCAAGGAACACAUUAUCUUUCAGUUUAAUAUUACAAAUACAUUAAAUGACACGUUGUUGGAAAAUGCUUCAGUUGUCAUGCAACCGGAAUCAGACGAUAUUUCGCUGGAAGAGGUUUUAGUUCUUCCAGCACCAAAAUUGGCAUACGAUCAACCUGCUUCUGCCUAUGUUGUUUAUAAACGCAUAAAUUCCGACGAAUAUGUGCUUGGUUCUUUUUCAAAUACAUUAAAAUACAUAGUUAAAGAAUUUGAUCCUUCCACGGUUCAGGUUGAAGACAUCGAUCUACUUGCUGGUGAUUAUGUCCUUCCUACGUAUUUGAGCGAUUUCACUGCUGCAUGGGAUCAACUUGGUGAAGAUGGACAAGUAGUCGAGACAUUUGCAUUAACCGCCAUGAAUAGUCUGAAAGACGCCUGUGCCAAACUAAUCAGUCUGCUCGGUAUGAGCGAUGUCGAGAAUACUGGCACUCCUCAAUCCACAAGUCUACACACAUUGUUACUCUCGGGAACUUUUCUAGGUGGUAUCAAAUUACUCGCUAAAAGUCGAAUGACCUAUGCGCCCAGCUCUGGUGUAACUAUGGAAUUAACAGUGCGCUCGCAAGAUAUAGAAAUAAGUCGUUUCGUGAUUGGCGCGAUCGCAUGA